AGCCCAAAAGCAGUUGCACAAGAAAGAUGGCGCUGCUUAUGAACACAAGACUUUUACUGAGGCAAAUGAAAGACUUAAGAAAUGUGAUUCCGAAAAGAAACAGAGUAAAAGCAAAAUGGGCUGCUACCCGUCCUAAAUAUCCUCCCACGCAACUGGCUUUGGGACACUUUGACGCAACCUACGGUGGCCAGAUGGGGGAGCUGUGGCCAUCGAUCCGUGUUGCCUUGCUCUCAGAGAGAAAAUACGGAGCCCUGGUUAAUAAUUUCUGUCAUGAUGCUGUUCAAGACGACUUACAGGCGAUGGGAUGUAGAGACUUUAUUGACGACGCAGAUACAGAGGCUCAGCCAAGCUAUAAACCAGAAUCUGCAAGUGAUGUAAACAACCACUUAAAUGAUGGUCCCACGCAGAGUUCUGAUGUUGACGAUCCACCGCCAUCUCCCUUGAAACUGAGUCCCAACAUCAGGUGUAUGGUGUUUCCCAGAGGGGAUAUCACAAGAUUUAAGCCUGCCAGACCAGACAUGGAGGGAUUAUUGCCAUAUUACUUGCUGGAUGCAGCCUCUGUGCUGCCUUGUCUUGCACUGAACAUUGAAGAAGGUCACACUGUGCUCGACCUGUGUGCAGCCCCUGGAGGAAAGACCAUGGCUCUACUUCAAACCAACGCCAUCAGGUUUUUGUGUGCCAACGACUCUUCGAGAACUCGGACAGCGCGACUCAGAAAAGUCCUUCAAAGCUACAUUCCUAAGGAGCUUCGUUCUGAAGAACACCUGCGAAUCACUUCCCUUGAUGGCACCUAUUGGGGGGACGUUGAAAGGAACACUUUUGACAGAGUCCUUGUUGAUGUUCCCUGCACAACAGACAGACACUCAGUAACAGAGGAUGACAACAAUAUAUUUAAUAGAAGCAGAACCAAAGAGAGACAGACGCUGCCACAGCUGCAGGUGGCCCUGUUGCUAGCUGGAAUUGUAGCAGCAUGUCCAGGUGGGCAGAUCGUGUACUCCACCUGCACGCUUUCUAACACCCAGAACCUGCGUGUUGUGGAGCAAGCUGUCCAUUUAGCCCAAGAAAACCAUGCCAUCAAAGUUGAGAUUUGAUGCACUUGUCUAAUAAUGCAGUUAGUGGCUGUGUGGAAGGAGAGCAUAAUGAACAGGCAGGUAAUGACUUAUUUGACCAUUUGAAUCUGUGCAAGUUUCAUUAUUAUAGCUGGAUUGAGUCUGUUUGCAUUGGCAUCACCUAAAAGUGUAAUGUGUCCUCUUAUCACAACCUUAAUGUGAGCAGCGCAGAGGUGCCUUUUUCUCCAUCACACCGCCGAUGACCCUUUAUGUUGUCCUGCCCAGGCAAUGUAUGGUAAAAAAGGUGUGUGUGUGUGUGUGUCUCUCUCUCUCUAAUGAGUCCACCAUCCACGUCUUGCUGUCAUUAAGCAGCUCCAAGUGCAGGAGCCCGACUCCCAUCCCUGUGCAGGAAUGGACUGCAGCCAUGCGGCUCCCAGAUGAACAUUAAAGAGGCAGCAAAGAGCUAAAAUAGGAUGUGUCGCCCCGUUUUGCCCCUGCGCUUUUUUAUUCCACAGAUGAGUGCAGAUAAUUUUCUGUGCGAUUGUGAGUGAUUACUGUAUUACUGUGGUAAAAGGGGGAUGUAUCAGGGAAUGCAGAGGGAAUUAAUGACACAUAAAAACUAUUUUUGUAUUGACUGCUUUCGUCUCCAGGGUCCUGAAUGGCUCCUUGCACAUCUUGUGAUUACCUAAACGUAUUGUAAAUAUGUGUUUCCUAUGGGCCCUUCCAUAAAUUUACAUGUUUUAACACUCAGGAGACAACAGACAGUUGAGAUGACUUACUCGCUCUCUUCCGUCUGUCUAUAGACUCCACUGCUCUGCUCUCCGCUUUAUUAUUGAAUUAACCAAUGAAGCGCUCUGAGUGUGUAUCCUUCUGUGUAAGCCAUUGUUAGGGGAACAUGUGCAGUGCAUUAGAAAGAUGACUAUUAUGGAUUUGACGACACCACGGUGAUUCGGCCAUGCUCUCAAAUACAAAUGUUGCAUUUCUGUCAAUAAAGACGCAAGACGCCAUUACCGUCGUACAUCUUCUCCUCGUAUGACACACGGUACUGUACUGAAUAUAUAUGAGCCUCAGUCCCUGCAGUAAUGAACUCCUGCAGCAGGUCAUUAAAUGGCAGCACAUGGUGAAAGCAACUUAACUCAAGGGUUUUCCACCAAA